UCUAUAUAUAGCUCUCACAUUGGAUCAAAGCUCACUCACAGCCUGUACUCUUCCAUUCUUGCUUUCAGAUUCUCUCUCUCUCUCUCUCUCUCUCUCUCUCUCUCUGCUUUCAUUUGCAUUUCCAAUGGCCACUGUUGAGGUUACACUGGCAGCAACAGCAUUGCCAGAAAUUGAAACAACUGAGUUGAGCAAGACCCAGCCAGAAGAGGCAGUGGCAGCACCACCUGCCCCAGAGCUAGUGACUGAAAAACCAACUGAGGUGGCAGCAACAACAGAGGAGCCAGCAGCUGCCCCGGAAGCUGAAGCCCCGGCAGUUGAAGCCAAGAUUAAGGAAGUUGUUGAGGAACCUGAAGUUGCUGCUGAAGAGGCUCCAGAGGUGAAGGCAGAACUUCUUGUUGAGGAGACAAAAGAAGAAACUACCGAAGUUACUGAUGCUGCACCGGUCCCUGCAGAAGAGGCUCCAGAGGUGAAGGCAGAGCCUGUUGUUGAGGAGGUGAAAGAUGAAACUACUGAAGCUACCAAUGCACCGGCUGAUCCUGCCCCAGCAGAACAGGCUCCAGAGGUGAAGACAGAGGCAGCUGAAGCAACGGAUGCUGUACCGGCUGAGGAACCGGUGUCUGAAGAAAAGAAACCAAGUGAAGUUGCAGUUGAGAAGAGUGAGGAUUAGAGGAUAUAUUGUCUAUGAAGACAGACAAAAGAGUGUGGGUUUUCUAGGGUUGCAUUGCAUUUCAGGAGUUGUUUUUUAAGUUUUUAAUCUCAUUUUUAGUUGAUAUUUGAUUGUCAUCAAUUAUUAUUAUGAUUUAAGCUAAGGUUUUUGGAACCUAAAAUUAUGGUAAUGUUGAUCACUUGGGUCCACAUCAGCUUACUUGCCAAAUAAAUGGCAAAUAUGGGUUUGGUGGUGUGAAAGGGUGAGAUUUGUGAAAUAUUUGUAGUUCUCAUUUCUAAUAAUAAAUAUUUUUGGUUUUUCUCA